GUGGGGCUAAGAGACUUGAGAUACUUGAUGUUUCCAUAGAAUCGAUCAGAAUUAACUAGACUUGUAAGAAAUUUACUCUGAGUAAAACCCUAUAUCGGUAGUCUGCUGCAAUGGAGUUGGAGCUAAAUGUGUUGUCCUCCCUCUCCAUACAGAGAAAGAAGCCUUGGUCCAGGUUCUCGUGGCUGGAAGAACCUGAACCUCCUCAUGGGCUCUACCUAUUCAGUGAGGGUGGUCGAAUGAGUCAACUUUCCCUGACGUCCGGUAAAACAAAACGAAAGUUCCCCACUCUCUCGUCUAUUCAGAAUAGGGUGGGGCUAACUGUCUCCACUCCCUCUGGUUCACAUCUAGGUGGACUUUUACUUGAAGGAGACCUCUUUGUCUGGGAUAAAUCAAAUGACCAGCUCACAAUCUUUGUAACUCCACUGUCAAAAAUGGGGCAUGGGAAAAUGGAUGCUUCAGCACUGAAAGGCACACGGUUCUUUCUCAGUGACGGUGGAGAGCUUGGACUGUUGGUGAGCAAAAAGAUGGAGCUAUACCUGUGGGAGUGUAAAGAGGGCCACUCUGUCUGGUGGAGAUUACUCCCCCCUCAAGGGGUACAGCUGCCCAGUCCUGCGGAUAGAGAAAGCACUGUGGACUCUGUGUUCCAUACAAACACUACGCUUGGUGAAUGCUGCACCUGUGUCUUUGCAUCCACGGACCACUCGUCUAGCCAAACAGUGCUCACAACACUCCUUAUAAACUGGCCCAGCCCAGCAUUCCAACUCUACAGCCAUCUUACCAACACACAGCCUUAUAGCAGUGAACUGAUUACCUCUCCAUUCGUUAACACCCAGGAGAGAGAAAUUGAAACUGACAUUGCAAUCGAUCAAAAUACAGCUGUGAGUGUACAGAAUCAUCAAAGUGAUCACCACACAGAACACAGCGGCAAAAUAUUGUCAAUCCCUCUACAAGAUGUAACAAAUGUCUCCUCAACGGUGAAAUUCUGGGAAGAUUCAUCCCACACGUACUUUGAUCAACUAUCCUCGCAAGAUCACGUCCCCCCAUUUGAGACUUCCUGGCGUACAAUUACCCGUCACCCCAUCACACCCCUCACAGGUCGAGGGUCCUAUGUGCUUCGACUCUCCCCCUCUUGUUCUCUGGGGGCACUGGCGGUCAACUAUCCCCAGGCUACUGACACAGAGAUGCUUUUCUUCUCUCCUCUAGCGAAUGCUGAACUGAGUGUUCGUGUUUUUCCAAAGAAUAUUGAGGGAUUGACUGGAAGAAUGUUCUGGCUAGCAGACAUGGCAUGGACUGCAGAUGGCCUGCUGCUGGUGUGUGUGUCCAAGAGAGGUAGCCUGCUCAUUCUCCCGAGGUGUGGCCCUCCACUCAGACUGUUUGCCAGGGGGUGCUCCAUCGAGAUGGGACCACGUCAGUUCCUACCACUGCACCCACUCGUCACUGUCGUUGGUGUAUCGCGGAAGGUUACCGGUCACGAGACUUCUGAGUCUUCCGAGAGGGACACCCUUCGUCAAAGAUUCUCAGUGGCCACUCAUCCCAACCUACCAAUUAUUCUCUGUUCUGAUGGCUAUUCUCUCACAGUCCUCAAACUCCCCACACUCUCACUACCGUCUCUCCUCUCGACCAUUGUCUGCAAUGUACGUAAAAUGCUAGGUCUGCAAUCAAUAGCACCUUUGAAAAGUUCAGUUUUUUCGCACUCCGAUCCGACUAAGCAAACAGAAUCUAUUGACCUUCUCAAUGUAGCCGCUAGUUUUUCAGAAAGCACUGGAUUGGGUGAUACCCUUGCUAAUAGUGUGGACACUUCUGCUAUUGGUGGAUACAUGCCUGCACUGAGUGGCGUGGACAUUGGUGGAAUACACUUCGCUGGACUAGGCUCAACUCUUGAGUUUCCUGCUCCAGUGGGUAAUCAUUUUGAAGAUGCAGUAACGAAUCUUCUCUGUGCUUGGGGGCUGGUGCUGACCUGCUGUCCGACAGUUGUUACUAAUGAUUCAAGUAGCCUUCAAUCAAGUCAAAAUGAUAUGACAAAUGCUACAAUGCUUUUGAUAAGAUCUAUUCUCGAUGUCUUGCAAAUCCAGGAUGACAGACAAAAUGAUGCUGUGAUUUUCAUCAAUGUUUUGUUCAGUCUUUUGCCAUUUGACUCCAUUGCUCAAAGCCACCUCAGUACUGCAGCUACACUAGCUAAUGAAAUUCUAGUAGCAAGAUUGACGAGAUUCUACAAUACUUUUUUACCACUAAAGCAGGGAAACAAAAUGAUCGACUAUAUCAACAGCAUGAACAACAAUAUUUCUGAAAUUUCAGACCUUCUAGACUCACUCACUGCCAUUAUUGAAAACACAUACAGCUUGAGGCCUGUUAACGAUGGAUCAAACUGUUUUUAUUCUCCUAAUUUCCUUGGAAAUAGAAGCAGAAAUCAUCUUUCUAGCACAAUAAGUGCACUAGCCCCAGCAUGUUUCUGGCUGCUCAAAGUUUCACAAAGGUUUCAUCAAGAUGUCAACACUUGCGAACAGAUAGUCAAGAAACAGAUUACUUCUGCUGUUGGAGAAAGUCGAAAUCAAGCUACAGAAAUGAGUGUUCUUUAUAACAAGCUAUCAGAAUGUUUGAAUAGUGCUUUAGUUACAAUACAGUACGUCAACACACAGAUUAGAUGGAUUUCGUCAACCCAAAUGCAAAUUGGCAACCCGAUCACUUCAAACUUUCCAAAAAAACAAAGAAAAGUGUCUGUACUGAUUUCUAAACUAGAGCAGUACGAUAUACAAGGAGCAUUACAGUAUGUGCACUCCCUCAUAAACUACAGUGAGGCUGUUGAGUCAGAACUGGUACCCUUCAAAUUAUCGAAACGAUUUAAACCAGUUAUUCUCGUUCUAUGUAAAGUAAUGACAUCAUUCUUUUGUGAGGGGGCUCAGUUUAUUCUUAUUCCAUCACACACACCCCAUGAAGCCAUUCUUUCUAGAACAAAAUUAUCGGAGGCUGUUCAAAAGGACCCAGUAGCGAAGUUCUGGACCCUUGAUCACACUCUAGAGCUCCUCAUUAUGUCUCAGUUCUGGAUUGAGGCUUGCUCAUUCUUACAACAAGUUGGGGACUGGAAGAAAGCAUUUUUGCUGGCGACCGUGAUUGUUCGUCACAGCAGGCUUAUGGGAUUGGAAUAUGCUGAAUUGAACAUCCUUUCACAUCAGCUUGCUGUAGAGAAUGUUCUGCAGAUCAUUGGGUUUCAGUUGAAGUUUCCCACUGCGGCCACUACAAAGUUAAGACUUUCUCGCUUACCUGGUAUCAAUGACUCACACUUGCAACAAACAGCCAUUAUCAGUUUCGUGUCCGAUUGUCUCAGAGUAUGUGCAUGCGCAAAACUGGACGGUUUGCUGCUAACGCUCGUAUCCAGUCUGGUUUCAGAGAUGACUCACUGCUGCAAAGAACUCCCUUUAGAGGUGCCUUCAGCAAUCUACCUACCUGCCCCUCCUCUGUUCUGCCCUCAACCAGCAGUGCCAAAUGAGGAUUUCCUUCAGUGUCCACUGGAGUACAGACUGAGAGGCAAACUAUCUACUCUCAUUCGAUCCCUGGUUUUCAUUCUUACCUCCUCUCACACACUACUGCCCUGUGCUCGUUGGUACAGCUGUCAACUAGAGCAGCUGCACAGCAGUGGUCCCUCUCUCCAUCCACCUGGAUAUAGCUCCUGUAAACUGCCUCAGGGCUUGGCUGAAUUAGCUCAGGAUAAUGGGCAGCCUCAAUUCAGUAUUGAAGAUGGUGGUACGGUGAAGGUGCUGCUCAGUGCUUUCAGAGAGCUCUGUGGGUUGUUGUGGUUCUUACAUGUUAGAGACCAACUCAGCAAAUAUCUCAGAGUACUGCAACCCUCACCUUUAAAGGAAAGAGCUCCUGCAACUAUAGUUCAGAAGGCAUCACUGUGGAGUGCCAGGCUUCUUCAGUUUACCUCACUUCUUGAAAACAUGUCGAGUUCAUCCCAUAAUCUCGCCGAAGGAGCCGCCCUCACCAUUUUCUCAGAGCUAGAGGCUAACACCUUCCUUGCUGAUAUUCUAGCGUAUUGUUUUCCUGCAGGAAAUGACACACAAACAACAGAUGGAAAACUAGACCGACUUAUUUCACAUCUGAGAUCAGUCCAAGGGCAAAACUCCAUUCCACUGUCUGUUCACUAUCUUACCAAGAGUCAGGAAACUCUCUCACAACGGGAAAAACUUGGGGCUAGCCAAGGAAAGUUUUGCGAGCUUGUCUUAAUGGAAGAUUCCAAUUAUCUAGUUGAGAAUGAUGCUCAAGGAGUUGGCAGUUUCCUUUUUGAAUACGACUCUGACUACAUUAAGCUUAUAGACAGUGUUCUUUCAGUUAUUUUACCCGAGAAAGCCAGAGGUAGUCUAUCUCAGCUUCAUCAAUCCUCCAAUUUAACCGAUAAUAAGAGCAACACACCACUCUUGUCACAGUUUCUGGGCUCUGUUAGAAAAGACUAUUCUUGUUGGGAGCAAGUUCUUCCUUUAAUUGAGUAUCUCCACACAUGGACCUCCUCUGCUGGGUCGCUUACAACCUCCUCUCAUGACAAAAUGAAAUCUAAGAGCAAGAAGAAGCUACAGAAUAAGUCAAGCCGUAAAGCAAUUGCUUCUCUGAAAGUAAACAUUUCUCCAAAACUUGUGAUAAAUAGUAUUAAGCAGAGGGAAGAAGAAUAUCUGAGAAAAUCACGGGGUGCUUCUUUGACUAUUAAAGCUCAUGAUUAUAAUUCAAAAACUGUUGCAAAGGAGGAAAUGAACAUUUCAUCCAAUUCCUUAGUUGAAGAAGGAUUUAGUGUUCAGAAAACAGAUGAAACUGAUGGUAUUACUAUUUUAGCUGAUACCUCAGUCUCUGGACCCCCUCAGCUUAUUCAACUACCCCUGGGAACACUGAAGGGUCGUAUAUCUGGAGAUCAACUGGUUAACAAGCUCUCUUCCAUCAGUCAGCUGGGAGACCUCACCACUAACAGUCUGGACACUGAGCAGAACAGUAGCAUUUCACUAGGUGAACUGCCUUCUGCUAUCACUUACAGCGUUGGGGAGAAAAAAUCUAAAGCGGUAACCGAAACUGACGAUAACAAUCUGGGAGAUACGCUCGCAGAAAUCAGUGAAAAUGUUACCCUCACGUUCAAUGACUUUAUCCUUCCCACUUCUGGUACUACCAGUAAGAGUACACCAAACACACCGCCAAGUAAAUCGUCUGCCAAGGAAGUGCAACAUGCUAGUGGGCUCCAAGAGAAUACAAUGAGAUCACCUAGUGAAGAAAAUGGUGUCGUCAAAAAUGUCGAAAGAACUAUAGAAUUUCCUGAUAAUGAAGAUUUGGACAACAAUGGUAGUUCUGACGAUAGCGGAAGCGAAACCUUUACGGUGACUCCAAGUACCAUCACUGUUUCACAAUCAGUACACAGUCUUGAGAUUAACAACUCUACUCUCCUAACUCAGGAAGAUCAUACACCUGAGCUCCAAACUCAAAUACAAGGCAAUAUACCGGGUAAAGAUCCAUGCAUGCAUCAAGGGACUACUGCACAGCAAAACAUAUCCGUUGAUCAAAAAACAGAGUCCACAAAUGUUAGCGGUAUUGUUUCUCGUGGGUUGGAUGAGCAAACUAUCGUUACUGCUGUGAAAACCGAAAUUCGAGAUAUUCUGCAGCUUCGACAACAACGUCUUCUAUCAAUGUUGAAUGCUAUGGAAACUAAAAAAGAAGUCUCAACUUCGGAGUGCGGUACACAAAUUGAUUUUCAGGAUAAACCAUUUGUCGCUCAAGACAAAGUAUCAGCUAUAUCUUAUGAGCAGUCACAGGAUGCACUAAAAGCUUUGCAUCAACCAGUAGAGAACACUAUGCCGAUGCUGAAUCUUGAGGAUUUGCAGUCACCAUCUGAGACGAGUUACUCCAAUCCACCUCCAAGUGCAAACAUUUCAAGCCUACAAAACAAAUUCAGUAGAGAUCAGUACGUCCAAACUUGUGAUGACUUUGUUAGUGGAUCAAAAGUUGCUUUAUCUGACCUUACUACAUGUAAGAAGGAUAGUCCAGGUGGGGUUUCAGCUCUCCCUCAAUUCACCAGUACCACUAUGGGCCUGCAGCAACAACGUCAACAUGCCGAGCAUCCGAUUGUGUCCACUCCAAAACCAUCCAAAGAGCACAUCCCGCCCCCUGUUAUAGGACAAUUUUCCCGUAUAGCACAAACAAAAAGCGGAGCUGACCUUUCCCUACUGCAACUGGGUCCUUAUCCCUCUGUAUCUGAUUCUCAAAAAGAUUCAAAACUUCACCUACAAAAAAUUGAGAUGGUCUACCCCGACUUUGCUCAAAACGUAAAUUCAAUCGUUCCUCCACCCCCCCUAAGUUCAGUUUCUAGUACUGGUGUCCGUCCUUCUUUUCUCAAAAUGGCCGAUCUUAAUCAGCAACAAAGUUCUUCACAGGCACCAAAAACAUUGACGAAUAGAUUAAUUCAGAGGCCUUUACUACUGACAUUGCCCCUUCAGCAAACUGUGCCACAACCUUCAUACCCUCACCACCCACCCCCUGUCUUUCCAUUCUUUCCAAAUAAUCGGCACCCUCAAAUUCCCUCAUCACUUCCUCCACGCUCAUCACACUCUCCAAAUCGAUUGCCAACUUUUGCAGCAAAGUACUCGCCAGCUCAUAGCAGACCACUGCUGUUGUCACUCCCGCCCCAGCCACCAAACAGAAAUCCUCACCCAGUGUAUUCAAAGCCCACACCUCCUCAAGUUACAAAUACACUUCCUUAUACACUUCCAAAUGUACCACUUGUUCCAUUUGUGCCCACACUGCUGCCACAGCCCUUCAUUCAAGCAAAUCCUGCCAAGGUACCACCUCUACUGCAAGCAAACGACCCGAUAAAUGUCACGCGACAAACAGGCUUAAAACUUUUACAAAUUCCGAGCACAGAACACCCCAAGUUGAUAAGCCUUCCUACAAAAGUAGACAAGCAAAAUCCUAAACCAAGAGUUAAAGAGAAUGGCGAUUUGGAAAAUCUACUUCUCCAUAACCCCCCAGAAUUCAGACAAAGUGACAUUCCAAGCAGUACAUCAGUGUCUGACACAGGUCUCUACCAGAAAAGGAAGUCAACGUUUCGAAAACGGCCAAAGAAGAGAAAGCAGAAGGUAGCUUGGGAAGAAAUUGAAGAACCAGUCACACAGAAACUAGCACAUUACGAGCACAAACCACUGGACACAGAGCCACACAUUGAAGAUGAAGAGCACUUUUUGAAGACGCCUGGGCAAAAAGAGUCCCUUCCAAAAAGCCAAGCGCAAUCAAUACCCAGCACAGGUAAACAGAGAGAAAAAUAUGAACCACGGAGGCCAAGUCUUGUGAAAUUGCAAGAAAGAAGUUACCCAGUAGACAUUCCUCUUGAGAGUCUGCAAAUGAGAAGACUCAACCUUAAGUCACAGCUAGGUCACACUCUACCUACUUCAAGCACUGGGACCAAUGUGUCAGAACUCUCAGAUACAUCUGUAGACGUUAGUGAGAGGAGCAGCAUUCGUACAGACAUCACUAUUACCUUGUCUCCGUGUCAACAACUACCUUCUGAUCCAAACAGCCCUGAAUCUACUAUCCUUAUACACAAGGUGGAACUUCAGAGAGUUAAUAAAACGACUAAACCAUGCUACCCAAAGUCUUCAAAUGAGGUGUACUGUCCACCAGUGCUAGCACUGAAUGUAACCGAUCAGGACAGUUUGAGUAUAUCAACGGUUUCUUUGUCUUCUACCGUCACUCUAACUCCAAUUAAACACACAACUGAAAGUCAGAAAGAACCAAUGGAAAUAGCGGAAACUCACAAUCAGCCACGUCUUAAUCACGUUGGUCAUCAAAUAACUACUACAAAAGAGGAUUUGGAUCCCUUAUUGACUGCUAACAAAGUAUGCGUAGAAACUCAUUCAAAUUGGCUUGGUGCCCACACCCAACCUGAUUCUGUGACUAGUGCUGCCCUUCAGAGACUUCAGGAGCUAGAAGAGCAAUUAGAUGCAAUAGAGAACACUGCCAAAACUGUGGAGGGAGAAUUCAAAUCAUCAAAACAGAUCCUAUAUACUAUAGAUAAGCUGCAAGAUGUAGUGGACCCCAUGUCCGAUGCCGAAUCAGCACCUGACUCGGAAUCACACAGCACACCAGACAUGUUCCCUUCUAUCACAACACAGCUAGCUGAUCUUCACAGAACUGAGGCUGUUAAAGAUGAUGCAGUAGUAGAGGCGCUUCAACAGAAGAAGCUAGUACGGUUUCAAAGACAACCAAUAAGCACAAUAGAGUUGAAGGAUCCCGAGCGUGAGAACAAAAAUCCACCCAAAGCUAUUAAUAAGAGACUGGGCAACUGGAAACGUGAAGAAUUGAGACAAUGGAUGAUGGUUAAGAGGAAAGAGAGGCUCGCAGAGUUUAGAGAACAGAGAGAGACCCAUCUCAAAUCAGAGAAACGCCCGUUUAAACCUGGAGGAACAAAACUGCCAAUAGAAAGACAGAAAAGAGACAAGAAACAGGAGUUUUUAGCCAAGAGAAUUGAUGAUGCUUUUGAGCUGAUGCAGGAUAUGCUCACAACAAAGCCAUCUUUGAGUCCCAAGUCAACUUCAACUGCGAAUUCGUUGACACGCAAAAAGUAUAGUGCUGACAAGAGGCUGAAAAAUGAACCCUCCUCAAUAAUGUACAGCUCUUCAAGUACUAGAGACAGAAAAAAUCGAACUGAGAAUGGUCCUGAUACUCCGCUGGGGACAUUUAUCAAAAACCUUCAUGAAGGGACUGUUCCAGGCACCUCAACUCCCAAGAGAUUGUCCAACUCAUCUGCCAGAAAACUGUCAAGUAUUGAAGGGCUAACAGAAAAGGAGCAGAUGCAGAUUGCUGAUGUUUUGGCGUCUACAGUGUACGAUGGUAGCAGUGUGUCCUCUGGGAGUGUCCUCACUGACAUUGACUGGGAGGAGGUGGACAAAAUACUCAAAUCAUGAACAUGAAAAAUCACCUCCAUUCUGGGUUGUGUAUUUCUGUAUAAAUAUGUGAUUAUUAUUAUGCAUAA